GGGCUCAGCAGCUGGCUGCUCUCCUCAUAACAACUCAUACAGAGUGUGUUGGAAAGGAAUUUAAUUCAGUCGAUCUAAAUGGUAGAGGUGGUGUGUUUACACCUAGGGACAGUAUCAUUUCUAAAAGCCAUUACUUGAGAAAUAAGUGUGCAAGCAAAAAUAUGGCAAUAGGUCAGCCUCUUCUUGCUGCUAUUUCAUAAAAGGACUUUUUGCAAGUUAAAAUCUUGAAGGCAACCAAUACGUUCUAUAUUUCGUAUAACUUUUUAAGGACAGUAUUUUACUUUUAAAUGCAGCAGACCCCAAAGGAUGAUGGAAUUCAUUGCAUUCUGGCUUUCUCUCUAAACUUUGAAACCAUUCAUGGAAGCUGAUGGGAAUGCCCUUGUUCCCUUGCGUCAGAAGGCAAAAAAGAAAAGUCAAGGGUUCUUUAUAAUGAGUCGACGGAGGAUAUCAUGUAAAGAACUGGGGCAAGCUGAUUGCCAAGGAUGGCUCUACAAAAAGAAGGAAAAGGGAGCUUUUAUUGGCAACAAAUGGAAAAAGUUCUGGUGUGUGCUGAAGGAGUCGUCGCUGUAUUGGUACAGCAGUCAGCUGGCCGAAAAAGCAGAAGGAUUCAUCAGACUUCCAGACUUCAGUGUGGACAGAGCAACGGAGUGCAAAAAAAAGCAUGCUAUUAAGAUCAGCCACCCACAGAUCAAGACAUUCUACUUUGCAGCAGAAAAUGUUCUGGAAAUGAACACGUGGCUGAGCAAGUUGGGGAUGGCUAUAGAUCCUCAGGCACCCAAUGGGAAGAGCGAAGAAGAAUGCUAUAGUGAAAGUGAACAUGAUGACCCAGAAAUAACAGACACACCACCUCACCCAUACGCAGCCCAGCCACCGCCUCCUCACUUGGAUCAACAGAAAUCCUCUUUGACAUCAACUCUGUCGAGUGAAGCAUCUUGUUCUCUUUCGUCUCCUGAAAGCACUUUCAAUUCCCAAGAAUCAUCAUCUUCCUUGACGUCCAAAGUGGUUUAUUCUGAGAGGCAGUCCCUACUUGACUUUGUUAACAACUCUGCCAUGGAAGAUUGUGAUCAGCCUUUAACUUUCUGCGUACAGAUUCAAUCUGAUGAGCAGCCAGAAGUAGACUGUGGAGAAACAGCACAAAGCCAGAUCUGCCCUGGUAGUGGACCUGAAAACACUUUCUUAGGUCUGAGUACACAUUGCCUAACUGUGCCAGAUGCAGCAGGACAGAUAUCACUCGCCAAAGAUCAUGAAAAAUGUGAUGAUGAUGAGAUGGAGAGACUUUACAAGUCAUUAGAACAAGCAAGUCUGUCUCCCAUUGGUGAUCGUCGGCUGUCAACCAAGAAGGAGCUUAGGAAGUCAUUUAUCAAACGCAGCAAAAACCCCUCCAUUAAUGAGAAACUUCACAAAAUUCGAAUGCUGAACAGCACAUUAAAGUGUAAGGAACAUGACUUGGCUACAAUUAACCAGUUGUUAGAGGACCCAAAGUUGACGGCGAUGAAGUACAGAGAGUGGAGGAACACAAACAUCAUGCUAGUUCAAGACAUCUAUCAGCAACAGGAGGUCCAGGAUGUGUCUACAGAGAACAGCGAGGAGCAAGAGACAGCUCCACUGCCUGUCACUGAAAGUGCUACAUGAAGCCAUGGAUUGACAGUUGACUGCAAGAUUUUUUUUCCCCAAGGGUCUUCACAUACAGACACUUUAAACUGCUGCAUUGUGAAGUUUGUUUUUUUGGCAAAGUGUUCUUCAAAAGGAAAACAGCCCCAUCUCCGAAACUUUAUUUCCUAUUGCAAAUUCCUCCAAAUUAAAAGAAUGCCUGAAUCUGGGCUAAGAAGAAUAUUUUAUGAAGCAGUGAAUAAAUAUUUUUCCAUAUUGGGAGAAGUAAGUGGUAUAUGUGCAACUCCUGGAAGUCAGUGCUGUAUAAUACGAACUGUAUAGAUGUCAGAUCCUCGGGGUUGUACUACUUAUCGAACUUACUGAUAAAAGAAGCUACAACAAUUCCAUGAGGAUGUAGUCUUCUCUCUACCUUUUGACCCCGUAAGGUAACUCAAAAUUUAUAUAUUUCAUCUCUACAUUCAUUCACUUUGACUGCUCUACCAUUCUAAACCAAGACAAACUGAGUAGAAAUUAUGCAUAAAUUUUUACUACACACCAAUGUCAGGCAUCCAGUUUUGUCAUGCCUGAUGUUAUAUGACAUUGACAUUUAUUUAUGGACCGGACAAAAGUACUGCCAUUCUUCAUCAAGAACAGAAGGUCUCUCUGUGUUUGGUAACAUGUAAAUCACUCUUCAGUGAGGUAAAUAAUACGUCAGUGUAUUUCAACUUUUCUUAUGGAUUUGGCAGAACUUCCUGGAAGGCUACUUGCUUCUUUCGUAUUUUAAAGAAGCGUGAGUGUAUAGGGUACAAGUUCAUUCCAAACUCCCAGAUCAAGCAAGGUGAUCAAGUUUGCAAGGCAGAAGCUAAAAACUUAAAUUCCUGAUGUGGAACUGAAAGCAUAAAGCAUAGCUGCAAAUGUUCUUGUAAAUAUACGUCAUCUUAUGGCUUAUACAAAUGUGACUAUGUACUGUAUAUAUGUUUUAUUUAUAUAUUUAUAUAUGCUGAAUUUCCUAAUGUUGAUAGGAUCACAUGGACCAGACCCUCUUUGGUGAGAGCGCUUGCAUGUUGACUUGAAAUGCCUGUUCCAGUAUGAAUCACUGUAAGGGCUCUUGAACUGAGAGUAUCUUGGUACUUCUACUGUAACUCCUUUUUCUGUUUUCAACCUACCUUUGUGAUUCAGAUGAAGAAAAUCUGUGUAUUUUAAGCCAGGUAUAUAAGUUUUCUAGAAAAUGUUGGGAUUUCUUUUCAGAUAAGCAAAAAUGAAUACAUUAAGAGAUUUUGCUACAGGAUCAUAACAAUUUAGAAUCACUGUUUCCAGUGCAGGGUUUGUUUUUUUGCCUUUCCAUAUUCAACAUGAGCACAAGUAGGAGGAACUUUUCAGAGUGUUGAGUUUUGGAAAGCAAGAAUUAACCCACCAUACUCCAAUUAAUGCCACUAUAGGUACUGUGGGAAUCUGCUCUUCUGUUUGCUAUCUUGUAAAGAUAUUGUCACUAGUUUUUAAUUGGUGCUACCUUUUAAACCAAAAUAUAGCAUAUUCACCUGUUCUUAUCAUAGAUUUUAUUUGUAUCUUGAUGAAGAAAACAAAUAGUAAUAACAUGAAAUAUUUUCCGCCUGCUAAGCAAUUUUUGAGAUUGCAUUGUUAACAGCAGGUUUCCUUUGAUGCAGACAUUACUGGAGAAGGAUCAAGCAGAUGGUAGCUGGUUGAAUGCAGAGCUGCACUCAGAAUAGCAUCAUUGCCUCAAUUAUAAAAGGUUUUGGGAGCGUGAGGGUCAGGACCAAUGUUGGGAUAGGACUUAAUAACUGGAGUUAGUUAGUUUGCAGGUGUGGAUCAGAAGUUAGAUGAUACUUAGAAGUGGGUAGCAAUGAUUAAAUGGGGAAGUAGGUGAAAACCUGAGGUUGUUCAAAAGCUAAUAUUACUAGGAAACCAUCAUACAAGUGAUAAUUUUCUUAUUUCACCUAUUCUAAGUGGAAGUUGAUGGGAAUCGAACAUAAUACAUGGUGAAAUUUCCUUUUAGUAAUCCCACACUAAACACGAGUCCAUUUUACAGUCUUAUCUUUCAUUAUUCACGGAAGACCUUAACAGUGGGCAUCCUUGAGCAUUAAGGAUAGGGGAGGGAUAGCCUCUGAAUUUGACAUAAUGUCCCUUAACUGCUGAGCACAUAAUGAAAGUUAGGAGGGUAGGAUUUAAUCUACUUAUUUCCUCUCAAUUUCAGUUAUCUGUCAAAAAAUAAUUGAUGAAUAAUGGAAGUCAAGUUGCCUGCACACUUCAGAUUCGCUCUUGCUAGUGCAGACCAUGCAGAAACAAGGCAUGUAAAUACGUUUCUUCAAAAGCAUCUUCAAUUGUUAGAUCUUAAGAACAAACACAUGCUUAACUCCUCUGUUCAACUAUGCAGACUAGUAAGUGCCCUGCAGUUCUGCAUAAAGUCCUAGCCAACUUCAUUUCCUGAAGUAAGUUUGAAUCACACAGAGGAAAGCAGGAGGGAGCCUAUACACAGUUCUUCACACGGUUUAUACCAAGAUAUGCAAAACAGGUUUCUUAAAUGCAGAGGCAAAUGUUCUCAGACUGUCUGAAUUCUGCUAUUUUUUUUUUCUUAUUAGAUAAAAUAGCCUAAAAUAACUUUAAAUUAUACUCUUUCCAAUGGUCAGUAGGUAAUUAUUGUUGAGCUAUUGAGUUCUGGAAAUCUCUGAAUGGGUUAUAUCACCCUCUUAGAAAAGAGCAGAAAAUUAUUGAUCGGGGUCACUUCUAAUUCAGAUAUUUUUUUAGAGAAUUCCUCUGUGUGUUCAAGAAAAAUAUAUGGGUUUUAUGCAAGUGCAGUGUUUUCUCCAUUCUCUUCAGCUCCUUUUUAGACCCCAAACAUAUGGAUAGCAUGGGAAAUAAGAAGUAAAAAUGUUAAUAAAAUGGGAUUAAUUUUCUAGCAUUUUUAAUUAAUGCAACAAUUUUCACAUGGAUUCAUCAAUCAAUUCAUUCAUUCAGCAAUAUGAAAGACACAGCUGGAAAAGAACAAUGUAGGGGCAACGGCUGCAACUGGUAGAUGUGACAGGGACCCACUGUCAGCAGAAGCUUGGACAACUGUUUGUUAAGUGGUACCUGAGCAUAAAUUCUGUUGGUCUCAGUUUGGAAGGACUGCAUUAUUGACUCAUACUGUAGGGGAAUGUUGCGUCCCUUGUUAAUGUCCAAAAAAUCUCAUGAGAAUUUUUUAAUGUAUUUUUUUCAGGAGAAAGUAUGUGUAUGAAAUGUGCAAACACAAGCAUUCUUCUGUCAGUAAAACCUUUUUGCAUUAGUGCAGUAAAUCCAGCUAUGCAGAUUUUGGAGUAACUAAUUACAAUAUAUCUGUCUGUUUCUGCAGCCUGUCUCUGGUAGCUUUUCUGGAAAUCAGAUCUCUCUGUUUUGGGGCUAUAGUUCUCAUGAGCUACCAGAGCGAGAUGGGAUCACAUUUCUUUGCCUAAGAUGGGAAAAGUGUCAUGUUGGGUUUGAGAACUGUUUCUGCAUAUAGUUCUGAUGAUUUACUCAAUACCAGGUUCCACUGGAAACAGGAAUAAAUUAUGUAAUACAACCUCCUUUUCUGCAGAUAAUUUUCUUUUUGGAGGAAACCUUCCUAUGGAAAAAAAAUUGCUUUAGGUCAGUGAGGGGUGAAGGGGAAAAAAAAAGAGGUGAUAUUUGGCUUAAAACUAUGUAGAAUGUGGGAAUUUAAAAUCAGUUAUAACUAGAAAAAAAAGUAUAGGCAUGCUGUGUCUAAUAUGAAAGUCUGCGAACUUACUUGUCUAUUACAAAUUUAAUAUAAAAACUUGUAUUUUCUGUCUCUUAAACUAUCAAGAAAAUCUGUGUGAGGAAAAUUCUUGAGCUGUAGUGGAAAUUUCCAUGCCCACCCCCCACCUCCCUAUGUAUUUGGUGGCACAGGAGUGACUAAUUGCAAUGAGAGCCUGUGCUAGCCUUACUUAUGUAAGAAAUGCCUUUCUGUUAACAGGAAACCAAAGUGGUUUUCUUGUAGUAAUAGUACCCGAGUGGUAUUUCUUGUUUAGUGUGGGACAUUUUGAAGCAGCAGACAUUUUAAGAUGUCAUUCAGCAUUUCCUUGAACGUUUGACUUAUCUUAUUUUGAUCUGCUCCAAGCUUCCAUGUUCUUGCUUUUUCAAGAACUAGCUCCUCUAUUAGCUGAAAUAAAAACUGAGGUGGUGAACAGAAUCAAAAUUGUCUCAGCUAUGAUCUAUGAAAUUCUUGUUUUUGUGCAUAACAGUGACAAGAACCAUGCUGGCCAAAUGCUAGGCAAUCCAACACUGAAAAAAAAAAAUUACAGGUGUUAAGGAGAGUACUAAAUUCAUUGAAAUUUGUUGUGAGUAAAGAUGCAAAAUCUGUCUGCUCUGGAAAAAUGAUUGUUUUUCUAUUUUAUUUCUCUGUGGUAAAAAUCUAGGGGAGUGGCUUACGAGCUGGCAGGAACUUAAAAAAAGAAUAUGCAUGUAAUUCCUUGAAAGUUCAUCAUCCUUAAUGCAUUACCAUGAAAUGACUGAUUUUACGUUACUCAGCAUUUAACAUUGAAACUUCAUUUCCUUGGGUAACCAUUCUAGCUACCACAGUGCCAGGGGCUUAUGUAUCCUACCUGGUACAUAUUAGGUCCAUUUUGAGGAUAUAGGUUUGUUGCAUUUCUAAAGGGCAAAUAGCUUAUAUAAUUAGAUCAUAUCUUAGGAACUGUUGCUUUACUUCUCCCACCUUAAUGUAAAGAAAAGAAGAUAGGAAAACAUUUCUUCAACUAUCAUGUGAAAACAGACUAAUGUUAAUCUAGGAAAUAUUUAGGUACUUUACUCAUGAACGUUUAGCAUAAUUACUCUCCUGACAAAAUGCCAUGUGUGCAUAAUAAUGGCAGUGCUGUUGUGAAAAGCUUUCAGUGGUGAGGAAUAGCUAAAAAGAGGAAUCGAGGAGCCUAUUCCAUUAAAUUCUGUUUAGACAGGGAAAGCCAUACCUAAAGGAAUAUCUGCUAGGAUAUCAACUAUGAAGGAGUAGGGCCUGCAGCAGUAGGAAGGUAUUACAGCAUACUAAUUUAGUACUCUAUCUGCUAAAUUUAUUUUAUUCACUAGUUGCGAACUCAAGGCACAGUGUUUGCACUCAGCACUGCCUUUUCACUGCUUGUUGCCCACGUGUGACUUGAUUUUAACAUAACAACGCUCACAGCUUGGGGAACGAGAGCCUUAUGUUGGCACUUGUCAUUUAAAGUUGAAAGGAGGAAGCAUUUUGCUUAGCUUUUUUUUUUUUUUUUUUUUUUUUCCACUGCAGAUUUUUCAGUUUGCUGCUACACUAUAAGAUAGGACCUGCUGGUUCCUAAAAACAAGUAAAUUCUCCUUGGGGCUAUUAUUAAUAGUAAAUUGAGUAAUUUGGAGCCAGGAAGAAUCAAGGAGUGGUUUGAGUGAGGAAUGCUUUCCACUGGCUGGCAAUGCAUUUUUGGGAGUUCUGCUUUUAAAUUAGCUAAUUCUCUUUCAUUGCUUGCUGUAGGCACCGUUAAGGAAGGAUACCUCAUGCUUUAUGGUUUCUUCUGAAAGGUAUGAGACAUGGUUGAAUUUUUUCAGCUCUCAGAGCAGCCAGUUUCAAUUAAAAAGGAACUGAGAUCUUUGUCAAAAGUUUCAGUUUAGCUGGCCAGGCCAAACAGACAGAACACCACAGAGGUGUGUUUCCUACGAAGUGUGCUCAUCUACGGGCUCAGCUGUGCAGAAGGAAGUGCACCCUGUCCUUCUCUCUUCCCCCAACAUCCUACAUGCUCCCAUUUCUUGUCUUAUGUUGCUCUGCUCAUUGCUUGGCACCUCUGUUAGCUCAGUAGUGUCAGGCAGUAAGGAACAGACCCAACAAGAUGGAUAAUCAUCCAUGGCAGUAGUGAGUAACAUUGGCUUAUAGAGAAGUUCAGUACCUGCCAGAGCCAUUACAAGGGAGGAAUAUGCAUUGUGUGGGCAGGUGAAGAAGGAAGAGGGAGCUGAGUAAGUGGGAGGAAAGAAGGGGACCUCUUCCUCUUAGGAGGAAAGCAUUAUCUUGGUGCAGCUUCCCACAAAGCUUUGCUUUCACUAAGUGAUGUUUUUGUUUUUCUUCUACUUUGCAACAUGUGGUUGUGAAAACAACAUGAGGCACCAAUUUCCAAAUGAGGUUUAACAUGAUCUCAGCCUGUGCUUUUACUUUCCCUGCUUCAUGCAGAGCCAAAUGUUUCUGCUACCUCUUUUAUUUCUGGAUAUGAAAGCCAAAAUCCUACAAAACCCGGAACUGUUUCCUUAGGAUCUUUCCUUGCAUACUUGCUGCAGGAAUUGUGAUGCAGGCAUAUGAGAGAAAAUAGUGUGGGCUGGAGCACUGUACAUCCACCAGUUUAUACUAGUUAGGAAACAGCACCUUAAAGGCUUGAGCAUCUGCCAGUAUUUAAUAUGCACCCUCCUGUGGGCAGCACAAAAUAUAAUAGUUUCCAAAGUUUUAUAAAAAGAGAAAUACAGUUUCUCAUUAUGUUUCAGGUACUUGUUUUUCAUCUGCUUAAAAAAAAAAAAAAAAAAAAAAAUUGGGUUUUCCUUGGCAUUCAGACUUUCCCAAUGAGAUUGAAGAUGAUAUGUUUACUAGUGACAAAGAGAGGAUGUGGUCAUCUAGUUCCAUUCCUAGCAUUUGACUUGUUGUGUUUCAUCAUUUCAUUUUUUGGAAAGGACUCUUAAUUCUUCUGACAUUAUCAUAGGCUGGAAGUAAGUAAGUACUUACUGCUGGCUAUCAAGGGGAAAAUACCUAUGUUAUUAUUCUGUGUUCAAGAAAUGUUUUAGUUGUUGCUCUAGAGGGUAUCUAAAAUUCUGUGAUACAAACUCUGAUAGUACAUGGAAUACUGUCCAUGGUAACAAGAUGCACUUUUAUUUUGAUGUGGAAAUAUACAUCUUCCCUCUUCUCAAUCCUGGGUAGACGGGUGCCUUCCUCUGGCAGACGUGCAGGUUCUCUAUGCAGUGCCUUUGGGAAAAUAUGUUUCCCUGAGAACAGUUCUCAGCACUCUUUCUGAUAGAGAAAACUGAUCCCUUAGCACAGCCUGGUGGCUGUUAGUGAGACAGCAAGCAAAAUAUAAAAUCACACAAUUAUAUGUGAGAGAGGAAGUGAUUGUAUUACUGCUGUAGGUGUGAUGGUCUCACUUUCCUGUAGAGCAAGUUCUAGAUGAGGUGAGAGUGGUUGUGGGAAAAUGGAGAUGCUGUCUGGCACACCAGCCCACUGUAGAUCUGAAAUAAUAACAGUAAAUUCAAGUGUAGUCUGAAGGGGAAAAAUGUUCUGUGCAGAGGUAGCUGCCAGAAAGAGAGGGAAAAUAUAUCUGAGUGGGGAAAGGAAAUGAUUGCAUUCAGAAUGGAGACAAAACCUGUCAUUAAACUCAUGUAUCAGAGUGGAUGAUCUUUAUUAUCUGCUUAUUUAACAUCAGUGAAUUUCAGCUAGCUCUGUAGACCACCCUAAAAGAUCAGGAUUGAAAAGUCACAGGUUUUUUUUUGUCAGAAAUGUUCGUACGGCAAUGUCAAGGACAAUGGUAUGAAGUAUCUGUGCAGCCUAGUAAAACCUAAAGCCAUGGCCAUGAUAUGGCACAUGAAGACAGAUGAAAAUUUGGAGGCAUCUCCACUGUCAUAGCCCUUGAAAAGGACACCAUCUUCCAAUCAUCUACUGGAUUAUUUUUGUUCUUACAGAUCUGCUGCUAAAGUACAGGGUAUGUUUCUAAGCUGUGCAUUUUCUUAACUCCUAUUUUUAUUGCAGGCAGUAAAUUCUUGGCUAACACUUAAGUUAAUAAAUUAUAGCAGUGGUGAAAAUGGCCCAGGUGGUGGUGUGCUUUUCUGUGAGAUUUGAGAAUUUCACUCUACAAAUGCCAGAAAGAGCCAUGAAUAAAAUUCCAUACUGCUGCAAAACACAUAUAUCACCUUUCCAGAUUGAUGUGAUAUUUCAUCAAGAGCAUCAUUUAUUUGCUGGGAAAUUAUUUAUUCUAGUAAACUCGCUGAUGACAAAUUGAAGAAUUGCAGGUGGCUACACCUUAUGUGUUGGUUCCAAAAUAGGUUUCUAAUACAAGAAAAAGGAUGAAUUAUAACGCUGCCGCUGGCUGGAAGAAGCAGGUGAAAGUACUCAAGGCUGAGGCAGCAAGAAAACAUCUGCACUUUGGAGGCACAAAUGUCUUGAAAAUGGGGGCAGAUAUCCCCCAUAUUAAACAAAGGAAGGGAAAUGGGGGAUUCAGAAGAGUGAAGAAGAUAGAGUUUGUGUGGCAGCACUAAUCAUACAAAAAUUUGAGCAUGAAAUAACCCCUGGGAACAAAGUCCAGGUAUAGAAAUGUAUCAGGUACCUCAUGUUGUCUGGUUUUGGUGAUAGUUUUAAAGUUAAGAUGAGAAAGUUUGAGUUAAUACUGGAUAUAUGAGAGGUUGCGGAUGUCAGAGAGCACUGCAUCAUGCACCUAUCUUUGCUUUGCUUCUAGCAAAACUUGGUGUCUACUAAGAAGGUACUCAUGAUUGAAUACAGGAUCACAACAUGUCGGGAUUCAGGAGAAAUAUAAUUUAGGAUCUCUAUUAUAGAUCCUCCAGGAACAAAUGGGAUCAAUUCCGGGUAGGAGGUUCAGGGUAGACUGAAAUUUGUCUCUACGGUUGGUUUUGGUUUGACAUAAUGAGAACUAAAGGUGCAGAUUGUUAUCUGUAUCUUUAUCUGUAUUAUUAUCCUCUUAAUGUCCUUCUUAUCCUUGAACUGUAUUAUUAUCCUAUGACAAAGCUUAGAGCGUUUUGAAUGUACAUUUGAGAUACCAAACCUGUUUUCCAUUCACAGAUAAUAUGAUUUUGAUUAAAUCACUCCUAUCCAGUGAUUCAACCCCAUGUGUAGUAUGAUGGUAAGUGCCUACUGCAGAGAGCUGCUUUGUGAAUUAAUUCCAGCAGUCUGCUUCACUAACCAAACAGGGGGUGACAUGGGGUUGCCAAUGUAGACUGUGACAGUCAAUGAUGGCACUGAUUUUUUCAUAUCUGGAGGACUGAUGACGAUUUACUGGGUGAAAGGUGUAUAGCAAGAGGAAAGUUAGAGAUUUCCUUGUCAAGCAUCCCUUCUGUCAAGAGGAAUUUCAUCUUAGACGUGAUGAUAACCACCAUUUCCUAACUGAAGAGUUAGAUUCCAUAAACCAGAUAUUCCUUGUGUGACUUUGUCUCUUUUCAAGCCAGUAUAUGUCUGUGUGCAAUCGGAGAUGCGUUUGCACAAAACAUGCAACCAUAUGAGUGUAAACCAGUCCAGCCUCAGGAAUUCUUUGCCUGCUUCACUGCAAAUUAACACAUUGGGAUUCAGGUAUUCUGAAAAUAAUCUACAACCACAGUGGUGCAAAUACUGCUGUGGUAACCUUGGUUGUUUCUCUGCCCAAAUGCAGCCACAGUCCCCUAAAGGGUGUUUCUGUCCCUCUUGCCACUUGUCAUUUACUGCUUUUUUGAACAGCAACAACAAAAAUUAGGUACAGGGUCUGUGUUUUGAAAAAAUAAUAUGAAAAAGAUUACCUAUAGUUAUCCAAAGGCAAUUCAAUAAUUUUAGUGGUGACUCACAUCUAAGUUAUUUGAUUUUCUUGGAACUGAUAUUAAUGUUCUGCUGAGUUCUCUUGAGAGCCUUUUCCUACAAGCUAACACGCUUCCUUUCAAUAUUUGUUUUUUAUAAAAAGCUUGUACCUACAUAAUUUAGGAUCACACUGAUUGCUCUUGUGGUGGGACUGAAAACUGAUUGGAAAAUACAUUAUAUGCUAUAUUAUAUUACAUAUGACAUUGUCAACACUAAGUCUCCAACCAAGAAAACAAGAUGGACAAUGUACCCUCCUUUGGUAUGCAGCUUCUAAUUUGUCUCAGCUGUUUCUCCUGAAUAUCAAAAUAUUAUUUUUUGGACUGUUUCUUGCAAAUAGAAUGAAGGUGAAACUACUUGUACUUUCCUAUGCUUUCACUGAAUUUUAACCAAAUACAGAACCAUAAUUUUCAAGUGCCCCUCCUUGAGUUUUCUUCCAAUUCUAAAUCAUUGUUUAAUGGGUCUGUGAAUGUACAUACUCAACCUUCUUACUGAAUAUUUGCUUGGCUUUGUCAAUAGUGCAGACAUGAUGCAGGUUCUUAAAAUUUAAUUAUGUUUGCAUGCUUUAUUUGAAGUAUUUUCUUGUACCUGUCUUUUCAAAGAAGCAGAAGAUAAAAAAAUAUGAAACAA